CCACAACCAUGGCGUCGCAAAAACCGCCGGCGCUGCCGAUGCUCCGCGAUGAGGAAGCGGGCGUAAUGGGCCUGACGGAAGUCGAGCCCAGCCCUGUAGACGAAACACCCGCCGAGUUCAAGGAAGGAUACUUUCCAUCCGCAGGAAAUGGGGAGCGAGAUGGGCAAGAAGAGUUCGGGUUGCCGCGGACAACGACGACGACGUUGGGGUUAGGCGGUAGCCAUGGGCCGGUGUGGUGGUUAACGCGCCUACAAAAGUACUCCUCCUACGCAUUCGGCGUCUUCACCGCUUUCCACAUCGCAAACACCUCCCUUAUCCCCCUCGCCGUCCGCUCCGUGCCCGAAGCAAACCGCUACCUCCUCCUCACGCGCCCCUACUACCAAUCCACACUCGCCGAGCCCCUCGUCGUCGCCCUCCCGCUCCUCGCACACAUCACGAGCGGCGUCGCCCUCAGGCUGUAUAGGAGGAGCCAAGCGCUCCAACGCUACGGCGCCGAAACACGGACAGACAAGCGCUCGAUCCCCUGGCCAGCGCUCAGCGGCACGUCGCUACUAGGCUAUAUCCUCCUCCCGCUCGCCAGUUUCCACGUGUGGACCACGCGCAUUCUCCCGCUGUACAUGCACGGCGACAACAGUUUGAUCAGCCUCUCAUACAUAAGCCACGGCUUCGCGACACACCCCUUCAUCUCGUUCGCCGGUUUCACAGCGCUGGUGGGGACGGGCGUGUGGCAUUUUGCGUGGGGCGUUGCGCAGUGGAUGGGCUGGAAGCCGAGUCAAGUGUCACCGUAUUCCGAGCAGAGGGACUUGGAUAAGAAGAGGAGGUGGUAUGGCAUCAACAGUGUUGCUGCGUUGGUUGCUAGUGUUUGGCUUGCAGGCGGGCUUGGUGUGGUUGGUAGGGCGGGGAAGACGGUAGGGUGGAUUGGGAGGGAGUUUGAUGAGUUGUACAGAUAUAUCCCCUUCAUGCACAGCUCAUGAGGGAAACAUGAUAUGGAAGGAGAUGACGGGGAAGAAAGAGAGGAAGGAAGAAAUCAUGGAAGAGCUUGAAUUGUAUGUAUGAUUGGAUGUUCAGAUGCAUAUGAUGGUAGCGACAUUGUUCGUUGUUUUGUAGGUAUACCCCGCGAAUGCUAUGAUAGACUUGCAUACAGCUCUGCAUAGCUGUUCCACGUAAACGUCCUCGGUGUCGAC